GGUCAUUUUGCAGCAAAGAUCUCAUAUAAGCUAUUAACAUAUUCUGUCAUUACUUAUAUUUGGGAUUCUGCGGAUUCGGCAUAUGUUUGGGAUUUCGGCAAAUGUUCAAAAACUGCAGAAAUGCCGAUAUUUGCCGAAACUAGUUUGGGUCCCUUGUAA